AUGAUAUCGUUAUUGGUUUUAAUCACAGUGUGCUUUGUGUUGUCAUCAGCAGAUUCUCCUGUAAACUGGACCGUGGACGAUAACACAGUACCAGAAUCGUUACCCGAUUUGAUGCGCAACAAAUAUUAUAGAAAUGAAGAAAUUCAAAACGCCGUGUUUUGGGCGUAUAAAAUUCAGUAUGAUGUUAUUUCAGAACAUAAUGGUCGUGUAUACGAUGCAGAAACACCAUUAGGAUAUUUCAACGAUACCUUGAUUUUACCUAAGACCAGAGCAUCAUUAAUAAAUUCCAACAUCGUAUUCGAAAAUAAUACCAUCAGUGGCCUAUUGGAUUUUAAAAGCAAUAAUAUCGUCAUACGAUGGUCACAAGACCUGGUAUCCACAGAGAUAGCUUGGAAAGAGCUACAAAUUGUUGGCAGAUAUGUAUUUGUAGACGAGUGGAGAUACGUAACUGGCGAAUAUAAAAUUUUCGUGGACAACAUUAUGUAUCAGAUCGACACGCCGUUAUCCAAAAACAUAGAAUUGUACCCUUUGUCGGCGCCAAAUUCAGCCAUAUCUUAUGGUAAAUUUAGAGCUACUUUUACUGGAAACUAUGCAAUUUCAGACGGAUUUUUGGCUACACGGUAUUUCUUGGAAGAAGUGGCAUUUGCACACGUCGCGGACUACGUUUUGGAAAUGACACGGCAGAACGUGACGUCGGCCAUCAGAGCGGCAGUCCAGCCGUAUGUACAGUACAGGAACCGGUCAGACCCACACUUCCCGGCCUCCGCCGGUCGGCUGGACAAUGGACGGUUCUUCGCAGUCAGCGACCCGUUCGUCGACGGCCUGGAUACCGCGUUGCAAAAGGUGAAGUCUGUGUGGACCGAACCGAACACGGGCGUGUUAAUGGUCGCCGUCGAGCACACGUUGCACAACCUUAACGGUACGUUUAAUCUGCACGUCGUCUCAGAGCUAGCCGAACUGCAGCGGCCCGGCCACGUGAUCGAUUUUGUCAUGGACCGGGUCAGGCUGAGCAUCGAGUACGAUGUACUAAGGCCCAACUGCCUUUGUUCGGCCACCGCAAAAGUGUACAAGAUAACCACGUGGUCACAUGACAGUCAAGAGGACAAGGGACAUCUGCCACAAGUAGCCGCCGCUUUCGCCAACACCGUCGAAGAUCACUUGUCCAUCGGCACGUGCUCAGCCAUCGCAAAAACCAACAAGUACGGUACCAACCCAUGUCAAUGA